AUGGUCCUUUCACCUCUCAAGACAAAGGCCAGCAUGAUGGAGCUUUCGAAAGUCUUCACAGACCUCAGUGCUGACCAGCGCUUGAAGCUGAUGAGGGGUCUUGAGCAGCUCGACUAUAAUGACAUGGCAGGGGAAGUUGAAGCUGAUCUCCUCCCUUGUGCCGAGUCACGUCAGGAGAUCAUCGACUCCAUUGUAGAACUCAACACAAUGUUGAAGAGGUACCACCAGACCAUGGAUGCUGUGAUCAAGUGCUGGAAUGAGAACAGCAAGACCACCAGUUCCAACUUUGACCAGGUUGAGGGAGACAAGUUCUUCAUGGGCAAAGAGUGGUGCUAUGAUGAUCAGGAGGAUGACCAGGCAAAGGAGACAUGGUGGGAGGAGAUCUGUGCAAGCAGCAAGCUGGGUAGGACCCACAAGAAGAACCACAAGGGCAUCUUCAAGCUCAAGCACCCAGCCUGGAUGUCCAUCACAUUCUGGCAAGUCUAUAAGAGCUUUGUCAUCACCAAAGAAGAAAAUGAUAAGUCUGUGCAAACCAAUGCUCCCAAUCCUUGUGUGGACCUGGGGAACAUGUGCAACUUACACAUGCCCAAAGGCAUGACCCCAUUCAAGUUUAUGGUUGACAAGGCUUACCUUGAAGACCACAGCAACUUCAAGUGUAGUAAUAUCAUGAUGACAUUACCUAUAUACCUUGGUUGCCCAUGCUACAAUCCCAGCAAUGUUGCAUGCUUCCAUGAUGGAAGGAGGCUGGGCUGCAUCCACAUCAUUGAGGUACUGCUGGUGUUCCCAGCAGCCCACCUCAAGAGCAUGACUUGGUUGGACUGCAUGCACCAGUCUGCCUUCCCAGAUGAGGCCAGGGAACUCGGCAACCUCGUGAUUGAGAGUAGUACUGCCAGGAGGGGCCAGUGUGGCUCAAAGAUGGUGAACUUGCUCAACAUCACCCCAUCAUGCAUUGAACCACCUAAGGAGUCAGAUGUACUGCAGCUCUUUAAGUUGCUGCAGCUUGCCGACACCUUGAGCAGUGCAACCAGGCUGGGCAGCAUCCUCCUCACCCUCAGCCAUGGCUCUCAAGGCACCCUGGAGAGCAAGGUCCCGGGCUUGUUCAAACAUUACCUUGCCUAG